UAAGUUUACACUUCAAAACGAGGCUCUGUUGGAGAAGAGUAAAGACGAUUGGAAUGUUUGGAAUUUAUCUAAUUCAACAAUGUUCACAUCAUUAUCAACCUUUUAAUGGUGAUGACAAUAGUGGUUAGUUGUAUUUUAAAUGGCUCUAUGUUAGCCGUAUUGGGGUAGAGGCAUACAAUGUCUACACUAUCCGGGUCACAGACAUUAGGGAAAAAAAGAAAAGCAGUGUGUGUGCAGCUGUUAAACAAAGAGGAAUAUGUUUGCUAUGUUGAUGUAAAAUCAAAGUUCCAAGAUGUUUUCAACCAAGUAGCGACACAUCUUACAUUAAGAGAGACUGAAUACUUUGGGCUUGCAUUUAAGAAAGAAGGGGAAUACCAUUUUGUAUCCAAUGAUGACAAGGUUCAUAAACAUGCACACAAGACUUGGAAGGCUGGACCUGGAGAUGGGUUUGAUGGUCAUGGAAAACCAAUACUCACAUUAUAUUUUCGUGUACAGUUCUAUGUGGACCAAGUGGUGCUGCUAAGGGAGAAAGUAACUCGUCACCUCUAUUAUUUACAACUAAAAGAUAAUGUGUUAAACUACAACCAUGGGAGUUUAGAGGAGAAGUGUUUCCAGAUAGCAGGGUAUGCUCUCCAAGCAGAUUUUGGUAACUACCAGUCAUCAGUGGUACAAGAUAACUACUUUGACCCAAGGGAGUACUUUCCUGCCUGGAUGGUAGAAAUGCAUGGUAAGGCGUAUCUUGUAAAUAACACGCCAGUUGUGCACAAAGAUCUACAGAGUGUGUCUCGCAGUGAAGCAGAAUGGAGGUUUAUUAAGGAGUCAUCUGUACCGCCGUCGCCACAUAAUCUUCACUUUUAUAGACUUCGCAAGAAAAAGACAGAUAAAGCUUGGAAUGCCUGGCUUGGAAUAUGUGCUAAAGGAAUAGAAAUUUAUGAGGAUUUAGAAGAUGGGUUUAAAGAUUUGAUAUCAACAUUUUUAUGGCCAGAUAUAGGAAAAUUAACAUUUGAUAAAAAGAAAUUUGAAAUCCGGUCAGUUGGGUUGCCAUCAGGUAGAAAGUUCACAUACUACACAGACUCUGAUGUUAAAUCAAAGUAUUUAUUAACUUUAUCAAGGAAUACACACAUGUUUCAAAUGGCUAUACAACCAAAGUUAAUGGAGAUUAGGCAUUUGGAAGAAGAAGAUAAAAGGCGAUAUAGAGAAUCAUAUGUACAUGGUGAGCCAAAGGAUGUAGUUAAUACACCUGGAUCUUUACGUUCAAAUAUUUCACCACGCUCGAAAACAGCAAUGGGUAAUCGUUAUUCUGUAGUUAGUGAUACAAGUUCUAACACUACAUCUGGUAUAGCCAGUGAUAAAAUGACAGUCAGUUUUGAAGAAAAUGAUGAUCGUGAAAUUAUUAUAGAUGCACCGCCAAUGCCAUCAGGAAUGUUACUGAAUACACCUAGUCAGACAAGGAGCAAAAUUGUGUCAACUCUUCCAGGUUAUAAACCAUCUCCGCUACCAGGUGCCAAUAGAAGUCCUGUAUUAGAUCAUAGCAGUCAGUUUAAUGCAUACACCUUCCCUUCCAAUCGAGUGCCAAUACACUCCCCUCCUUAUAGAUUAACCAAUCAGAACAAUGUUAGUUCAGGCAGUGUCCAAUCAGAUCGUAGUGGGAGUGGCCAAUCAGAGGCUUAUUCAUUGGAUAGUAGUAGUAGUGGAAGUUACAGAAAAAGAUACAAGCAGCAGCAGCCGCCGACACAGUCGGGUGUUUAUAGUCCUGUUAUACCUGUCUAUUCUGAGAUACAGGUUGAAACCGGUGCAAGAGAGAAAACUUCUUCUCAGCCAUCAAGUCGUAGUGCAAGCCGAAAAGACAGUUUUAAAGAUAUUUUAGCAGAACUAAGAGCUCAUCAAAACUUAAAUAUCAGUAUGUUACCACCGAAUCAACCGCAUUUGGUUGAUACACCUGAGUUGAAGCAUGUACCGUCUUUCCACAUGGAGGAUUUAGAUUAUCCUCACAGGUCAGUAUCUAGGUCAGGGUCUUCCGACCACAGAACUCAUAAAUCUUUCGGUAGUGAUCUGUCAACGCAUUCAUCACAACACACAAGUAUGAGUACAGUGACAUCACAUGACUAUGAGAAUGUUGUACUGUUAUCACAAGAUUCAGUGGCCAGUUACCGUAGCAGUGAUGCUAUGUUGUUAGAUGCUAUUCAUAUAGGAGGUGGGGAUGGAUUACUGCCAGAUUCUAGCUUAAGCUACCACAGUAGUGAAGGUUUAGUUUCAGACCUCAGUUAUCAGAGUGAUGAUGGGAUGUUACAGGAAGCUGAAGAGGUUUUACUGCCACCUAUACCCUUCUCAGAUGAGCAAGCAUUGAAGGAUAUACCUGUAGAACACCUGCAGACCGAGAAACAAUCAGAACUGGCAGUCACACAGUUACCUGAACAUGAUGCAGCCCAUGAUGCUAUGGAUAUAAAGAUAACUGAUCCGGAGGUACAGGUUAGUGAGACCGGAGACAAGAAGAAAGGAAAGCCAACACAUAUAAAAGUGAUGAACAAGAAGGAAAUUCUUCACCCUGAGAUUGAGGAGAUUAGAGGUCAAUCUCACGCAUUUUCACUUCCAUUUAUUACCGCACUAUGCAAUGACAAAACAUUACAACCUAUUCACAGUAGAUCUGGCAGUAUCGCAGGCUCCUAUGAUAUGUCUUCGAUUUGUUCAACAGAUUCACGAAUUUCCCGAAUCUCUCAUGAUACAGAUGUGCGUAGACUUUCAAUAUCAGGCUACCCUGGUAGCUCGACAGGAACUUUAGUUAACAAUUCUUUCAACUCCCACAGACCUUUUAGCUGGCAUAGUGAAAGUUUUGAUUUAGAUGCACAAUUAGCUAACUUGACAACUGGAAAUAACAAUUUGUCAGAAAAUCAUCGAAGUGUGCCACAAAAUUUAACAGAUUUAAAUUCUGAAACAUCAUGGGCUGCCGCGUUGUCUUACACAUCUGCGGGAGGUCAGAGUACAGAAAAGUCACCUGAACUUAUUGCUUCACAGUUAAUGAUUCCUCCAAAGUUAUCAAGUGGCGGACAUAAUUCUACUGAAGCUAAUAUUAGACAUAAAUCUUUAAUGAAUGAAAAUAUUGGGAUUGCAUGAUAAUUUUACAACAGAAUUACAACAAAACAACAAGAAAGGACCAAUCUUUUAUGUGAUUACCUUAAAAUAGAUAUUUCUGUCAAACAAGAUUAUACAUACAUGUAAGAAAUGUAACUAUCUGCCACAUUGCUACAAUAUUAUGAAAUUUUAUGUUUUUACAUACCACCUAACAUAAUCUUCUCAUUAGAAGAUGUAUAUGGUGUACAUCUAUCAGUUACUGACUAUACACUAACAUUUUCAUGACUCUGUUAUGUAAUUAUGUGUUUUCUAGUUGAAAUAAGCUAUAUUGUUCAUAUCAAAAUUUUAAUGGAUGCCACGAGGUCACCUCAAAACAACCCUUGCUGUUAAUCAUAAUGGCUUUCAAUCACAUUUUUUUUAAGUUUCCUAAUUUAUGGAGUUAAAUAUUCAAUACUUAAACUGAUAUAUUACCUUUUUCAUAAUAUCUGUUAGAAAAACAGAAGAUCACUGAUUAUUUCAUACUUUUACGACUUUUUGGGAAGAACAUAUAUUUUGACUUGGCUACUUUGAAAAUUAGAUAAAGCAUAAUUGUGUAGGUAUAAGUUAAGGUAUAGUGUCCUAUCUAUGUGUUUUGUUGUAAGUCUGUUGUAUUUCUAAUAAUGUUUACAGUGAUUUCUGGUUGUUACAGUUUUAGUUUAACCCUUAUGCUGCGAGAACCUAAGGUGAUAUACCAUUGUGACCAAUAUAGAACUAGACCUGUCAGCACAUCUGUGCAGUCUGACCAAGCUUUAUAAUGUUGGAUGAACAACUUGGAAUUUUUAUCCUGAUUUCCCUAAAAUUGGUAAUGGACAGUUCCAAUAUGGAAGCUGGACAAGUCCACUUAAGAUCAUUCAGCAGAUUAAGGGUUAAAUCGAGAAUUGAAGAAAAAAAAGUCUUAAUCACUUAAAAAUUAAUGUUACUGUAUCAGUAAUAAACAGAAUUAAAUUAUACAGAAAUGGUGAGACCAUAAAAAAAGUUUUUAUUGUGGGAAUGUGAUUGCAUUAAAUGAUUGUUUUAUAAGUUUCUAUGUUUGAUAUUUUUCCUAUGAUGUUGAUGAUAUAUUUGCAUAUCUUUGCCAAACUUUGUGAUAUUACCAUUAUUGAGAAGUUUUACUAACAAGCAUUUAACUUGUAUUGUUUUAUCUGACCUUCAUAGAGUAUAAAUUAUUUUGGCUUGUAACUGAAAAUCUAUUUUAUGUAAAUGGUCCUACAGUUUUAAGAAAAUCUAUUUUAUGUAAAUGUCCUACAGUCUUAAGAAAAGAUCAAUUUUCAUAUGAAAUCUAUUUUAUAUAUUUGAUAAAUUAAUUUUUUUAAACGUUUUACAAAAAUAUGAAUUUUCCUAGUAAAUUCUUAUUGAUUAUAUUUUUACAUCGAAAAAAAAGUAUGUCAUAUGUUGCCUUAAACAGAGGAAUUGACAUCCUGGAACAUGUAUAUGGUAAUUGUUUUUAAAGUGUGUUUGAUAAUGAAUGCAAUUUCUCACUGAUUCAGACACAUUCCUUAUAUUUUGUAAACAAGAUUUUAUGUGGCCAGUUUCGGUUUUGACUGAAAAUUUUUAAAUUAUUAGAAUCAGAAGGCUCUAGACAUACAUGACUAUUAAAAGAUUAGUGUUAUAUUGUUUUGAUAAUAGAAAAUGCAUAGAAACUGUUUAUUUACUAACCAGUUAUGUAUAUUCAGGUACCAUGUGAAUUAUUACAAAGCUCUUCCAGUUUUAAUAUUUCUGAACGUUUUACAAUACACAUGUAAAAAAUGUCUUGUGUUUUUAUAUUGUUGACUAUAGAUAACAUUGUGUCAUUUGUGUAUAGUUUCCAUUAGCAUCUAGUGCAAUAUUUAUAUAGAUUAUUUAACCUUUUUUGUACAUAUAUGUAAACACAGAGUUAGAUUUUAUUCCAAAUCAUUAUAAUAAUGUACAGAGAGAGAGAUCUAGAGUUUUAUAUUCUUGUACAGGUUGUCGUUGUUGUUUUUAUACCUUAUUAAAUAAUUACGUCUUUAAGAUUAUACUGAACUGAGAAACAUUUGUUAUCUUUGUUUUAAAAUUGUUUUACUUCAACAGUUUUUUAUAAUCCACAAUUGUCCAUAGUGUUUUAAUUUUCUGAAAAGUUAAAUGGUAGAGUUUCACAAAAAAUUGCAUUAUAUAAUAUUAUAAAAGGCACCUAGCAUAACAUGUUACUGAAUUUACAAUGCUGAAUUUGUCAACAAAUACAAUUAGGGAAUCUCAAUUUUCAAUGAUCAUUCUUUAAUUUAGAAACAAUGAAACGGUUGUUAUCAGGAUACAGUUGGAAAUUCUCAAUUACAGACAAAUCGAUAUAGAUCUAUACCCUUAAAAGUAAGGUCAGUGAAUGGCAUUAUCUACCCAUCAAAUAAAUAACAAUGUCACAUUUGAUGUUUACAAAUUAGUUAUUUUCUUUUAUUAAAAAUAGAUGUUGCAUUUUCCUUUUUCUCUUAUCAACAGAAUCAAUCAAGCCUAGUCUGCAAUUUUAACUUUAAAAUUUGUUUACAUUUCCAUUGAGUGAUUUCCCCUUUUUCCAGAAUUUUUAGGCUAAAGACCAUUUUUCUGUAAAGAAAGUUACUUUUUGCAAAUGUUCAUAUGACAUUCAUUUCUUUUGUAAAAAAAACUUUUCAGACAUUUGUAACGUUUUUUGUUUUGCAUGAACAAAUUUCUUUUAUAUCAGGGUUUUUCUAUUGCCAGUACCUAUUAUUGUACCAGUACCUUGGGAAUUCUUGUUAUUUUUAGUUAUAUAUUUAGAAUUGGGAAAAUACCUAAAUAUAGUUUUGCUACUCUUUGCAGUUUGCCAUAAAAACAUAUUUAGCUCAUCUGGUCAAAAGGCAUUCAAGAUAAGUUAUUGAGAUUGCAUUUAUAUCCAAGUGAGCAACAUUUGACCUUUAUGAGCAUCUUGUAAAAGGUGGUUUUUAUUUGUCACCCUUUUUUGUCAGUGACAGUUUGCAGUUGUGAUAAAAUAUAUUGAUAUUGAUUUUUUUUACUAUUUGUUUUGUGAAGUUUUAUUUUUCAAAUAUUAAUAUUGUUACAUGACUGCAUUAUUAGAGAAAAGAAGAGAUUCUAGAUGGGGUCUCUUAUUAUAGAAAGUGGUCAUUCUGAAUAAAAAAAACAAAACAACACAAAAAACUUGGAACAGGCAAAUUAUCAUAUUUAGGAGAAAUUUUGCAAUGAAAUCAUUGAUCAAAUCAUCACCUUAGUGCAGUAACUGGUAAACUCCUUAUAUGAUUAAAUAACAGUUAACCUGUUACUGCAGUAAGGUGACAAGAAGUGAAUUGAUUUAAAAAAAGUUAUUCUUUAAUUAGCCAUUAUGAAUAAAAUUACUGAUAACAUAACUAGAGAGAGCAAAUAAUUAAACCAAAUAUUUCUGUAAGAUUUUCAAAGUGAAUGUUUCCAGCUAUCCAAACAGUAAAAAAACCCACAGUAAAUCAUUGUUUUAAAAAGUGUCCAGAUUUUCAUUUAUUUAUACAUGAACGAGGGCUCUUUCAAAAGUUGUCUCCCAUUAUUUAAGAUUCCAUCUUGAUACUUAUGAAUAUAAAAACAGCAUGUCUCUAGAUUCAUGCUAAUUUUCAUGAACAUUUUUAAAAUUUAUUAAAAAGUAAAAUAUUGCAAGGUGAACAUAAAAAGUAAUUUCCACAAUGAGAACAGCACUUCAGACCUACUUAAAAUUAACAAAAAAUAGGUCAGAAUAUGCACAAAAAAGCCCUUACUGUGUUAGUCGUGCAGUAGUAAUAUGGUGAUUAAUAUUGCAAAUUAAAAUUGCAUAUACAUGAAUUAUUUCUUGAAUUGUGAAUAUUUUUUCUUUUCUUAUAUUCUUAGUAAAUUUUUCUCAAGGUUGACUUGACUUUCUUAAAAUAUUUUGGCUCAUCUGGAGGCAUGCAGAUUUAAGGAAAAAGUUCUUCUUCUAAUUACAAAACAGAAUUCUUGGUUCUUUCAUUGACAAAGUUUUCCAUGAUGUUUUGCAGAAAUUGUAGAAAUGUCACAUUACAUCGUCAAAAGUGAAUGAUUUGAAAUGGCAGUUUAUGUAUUUAUUUGAUCAGUUCUUCCACGCUACAUAAUGUUUUUGAACCAUACAUGUAUGCAAUAUAUUAUCCCACCAAUUUCGUUUUACUGCUGAUGCCUUGUUUUAUGAUUUGAACAUGAAAAUAUGCAGAUAUUAUUUGAUGUUUUUAUACAUAUACCUUGAUAUGUGCUUUUGGACUGAAUAACGUGCACUCCUUUGUUACUGUAUACUUUAUUUUUUCACUCAAGUUUUUAUAUUAUGUUGUAUGAACAAACAUUUAUGGUUAUAAAAAAUUGACGUGUACAUAAACAUAAAACUUCCUUAAAAAGUCUUGUUUUUCAAGAGCUAGUUAAGAAAGGAAAUGUUAUACAAGUUUACAUUAGAAAAAUACUUCCAGGCUAAAAAUAGGUAAUGUUUCAUCUUGACAUUUUUAUUCAUUUACAUAUUUUUAGAAUUAGGAAGUGGAAAAAUAGAUAUGCAAGUCUCCAAGAAUUUAAGCAUUUCUUUUAAGGUCUUUAAUCUAGAAGAAAAUAACUUUGUAGUUAUAUAUUAGUUAGUAAAUCAUGAAGUUAACAGAUAUAUUAAACUUGCAAUAAAUUUGUAUCCAAGUGAAGAAACAAACAUACCUGUGACAUGUACAGAGUUGGGUAGUGUUGAGAAUUCUGUGCACGUAUAUAAAUAUAUAUUACUGAAUACUCCCAAUAAAUAUAUAUAAAAUCA